CUUUUCCUCGUCCCUGAAAUUUAAACAUCUCGACUUCCACCUUUUUUUUUCUUCCUUAGUACACCCAAGUCUCUAGACCAUUUCGGAGGUUCUUUCUCGAUCCCAACGCCAAAAUGUCGGCCGCUACUGUCCCCACCAAGGACCAGAUCCUGGUCCCCGAGACCCUUCUCAAGAAGCGCAAGAGCCAGGAGAAGGCUCGCGCCGAGAAGCUCGCUGAGAUUGAGAACAAGAAGAAGGCCAACAAGGAGAAACGCCAGGUCAUCUUCAAGCGUGCUGAGAAGUACGUCAAGGAGUACCGCGAUGCCGAGCGCGAGAAGAUCCGCCUCCACCGCGUCGCCAAGCAGAGCGGCGAGUUCUACGUCCCCGCCGAGCAGAAGUUGAUCUUCGUCGUGCGCAUCAAGGGUAUCAACAAGAUUGCCCCCAAGCCGCGCAAGAUCCUUCAGCUCCUCCGUCUUCUCCAGAUCAACAACGGUGUCUUUGUCCGCGUCACCAAGGCCACCAUGGAGAUGAUCAAGGUCGUCGAGCCCUGGGUCGCCUACGGUUACCCCAACCUGAAGAGCAUCAAGGAGCUCAUCUACAAGCGCGGAUACGGCAAGGUCAACAAGCAGCGCAUUGCCCUGACCGACAACUCCAUCAUCGAGGAGAACCUUGGCAAGUACGGCAUCAUCUGCGUGGAGGACCUGAUCCACGAGAUCUCCACCGUCGGCCCCAACUUCAAGCAGGCCUCCAACUUCCUGUGGCCCUUCAAGCUCAGCAACCCCAACGGCGGUUUCCGCACCCGCAAGUUCAAGCACUUCAUCGAGGGUGGUGACCUGGGCAACCGCGAGGAGAACAUCAACGCCCUGAUUAGGCAGAUGAACUAGAUUCCUUCUUGUUUGUCUGUUCCGGGUGUCUGGGCGAGGGGAUUGGGUUGGCUUUUUUCGGUCUUGGCACUACAAAAAUGGCAUGGAUGCACGGCGUUUUGAGCAAAAGCACAGGGGCUUUUGAUGGGAAUUGAUGACUUCUAAGACAACUGCACGUCUCCGCGGCCAAUGUGAUCAAGCCUCCCUUAUCUCUUUCAUGUUCAUGUCCGGCCCAUUGGUGCAGAGUGAAUAAACCUGAGGGGCGAGGCCGAUGCUGCACAGUAGCGUAUCUGCGCAAAGCUCUAUUACGCUCAAUACAGACAUCUUGUUAUUUUGAAGCUAAAGUUGUACAUGUAUAUGCUCGGCCUCGGCCACAUUCAUAUCUUGAUGUCGAAGCUUGUGCCGCAGCCACA